AUGGUUCUUUCUGAUUUACUAUUAACAUUUCUCAGUUUUUGGGCUCUUAUACACGUUGUAUAUCGUAUAUUUCAAUCAAGGUUUCAGGUUCAAUCAUCGCAUAGAAUACAUCAUAAUAUAUCUCGAACACCAAAUAACACUAAUCAUCUACCAAUUGUAAAUAUUAGUCCAGCAUAUCAUGUAUCACAACCAACCGAGAUAACACUUAGCUAUUUUUAUCUCUGUUAUAAAACAAGUAAAUUUAAUUCAUUUUUUGAAACUCUCUCAAAACGUACGCCCAAAUUCUGGAGAAUAUGGUUUAAUUUGGGAAUUAUAGUUGGAAUAUUAGCAAUGAUUUUAGGAGUUGGUGUUAUGAUCGUGGCAGGAUGGAAAUUGUUAAUAGGGAUCUUUAGAAUUGGUACCUGGGAUAAUGAGAAUCAUGAACAAACGAGAUUUGUGAAAAGAAACUUUGAAGAAGCUCAUCAAGUUGAAAGCAAUGAGGAUCAUCAAAUUUUUGUACCAGUUAUUCCCGGAGUGACUUUACCAAUUUCACAUCUUAUAUAUUAUCUUAUUGCACUUUUGGUUUGUGGAAUCUUACAUGAGGCUGGUCAUGCAGUUGCAGCUUACUGUGAACUUGUGCCAAUAAUUGAUGCUGGAAUAUUUUUAUAUUUCUUUUAUCCGGGAGCAUUUGUUAGUCUUUCUAGUCAAUUUUUGGAUAAUUGUUCAUCGGUAAAAAAGCUUCGCAUCUUUUGUGCAGGAGUUUGGCAUAACGCGGUGAUAUUUUUAUUGGGUACUCUCAUCUUAAAUUCUGGAUUAAUUAAAUUAUCCAUGAGUCUCACCGGAUACAGAUCUAUGGAAGGAACUGGAGUUAGCAUUAUUAGUAUUGAAGAGAAUACAGAUUUUGUUGGAAUAUUAUACCCUUCAGCGAUAAUAACCAAAAUAGAUGAUUAUGAAUUGAAUGAUGCUUCAUUAGAACGAUGGAAUACUUAUUUAUUGCAAAACGAUAAGAUAAUAAAUAAUACUCGUGGGUUUUGUUCAUCUGAAAAGGACAUUAUACCAUCUUUAGAUUGCUGUAAUAUUAAUGCAGCUCAUCCUUAUGGAAAUUCAGAAAACAGAGAAGUUUUGUGUUUUCGGCGAUCUGAUCAAAAUAAUUCACAUUAUCAGAAUGAAUUGAGUUGUCGUCACGUAAAUCCAAUAUUAGCCAAUAUGAAUGAACAAAGGUGUGAAAAAGAUUCUGAUUGUGACGAAUCAUUACCUACGUGUGUAUUACCAUAUACACUUCUUGGAUUCCCUAGGCCUGUAAGGAUUUAUUUUAAACAUUCUCCAUGGAAUGGAAAUCAAGAUGAGAACACACAAAAUGUUUUGUUAUGGCUUGGAAAUUUAAAAGAUUUGUGGGAAAUAAUACAAGUUAGCAUUCUUCAACCAAGAUGGUCAUGGGUUCCUCUUUGGAUACCACUUGUUUCGGAAUUAAUUUUAAGGUAUACGGCAUCAUUUUCACUGGCAUUAUGUAUAUUAAAUAUCUUACCUGCGUUUCAAUUGGAUGGACAUCAUGCAUUAAUAGCAAUACUGACUGUGGUAUAUGAUGAUAAAGAAGUAACGAGCACUUCAAAAAGCAGUAGAGAAAGAAAGAAAAAAAUUGAAAAUGGGAUUGUAUAUAGUGUAACUGGGUUGGUUGGUUGGGUUGUAUUAGGAACUUUAAUUUCUGGUGUAUUUUUUGAAGGGCAUUGA